AUGAGUGGGAUUCCUUGUUCGCAUGCAUGCUAUGCCAUCUAUGAAUUAUCUUUAAAUAUUUAUGAGAUGGUUAAUCCAUGGUUUAAGGUUGAAACACAACAAAAACUAUGUGAACAUCUCAUGUCUUCUGUCCCCAUGCAUGAUAUGCCGAAUCCAGCUAUUGUUGCUACUGCUGACGGUGAAGGUGCUUCCCAUCUUAGGCCUCCUGCGGUAACACGUCCCCCUGGACGACCUCGUAUUAAACGAAUCGAAUCACAAUUUCAAAAUGUAAGGUCGUUACACUGUUCGCGAUGCGGCGAGAAUGGUCAUAAUCAUCGAAAGUGCAAGGCUCCUAUACCUGGAUAG